GAUUACGUCAAUGUACUCAACGUGGCUGAAGAGGGCGUCUAUAGCUGCGAAGUAUUCACCAGUUCAACUUUAGGAAGCACAAGGGAGACCCGAACAAUCAAUGUAACAACUCCUCUACCACCGGCAAACCUGACAGUGACUCAGAUUGGUCACAGGAGUUUGCUGGUGUCCUGGACACCAACAGGCAGACCCAGCCACUACACCAUCUACUACCAGGAGCCGCAGUCCACCCUGAGGAGUGUGCGUGCUGGACCAGACAACACUUCCGUCAUUCUCCCCAGCUCCUUUAUCUUUGUUGGCCAGAAUCUCUCUGUCAGUGUAAUGGCUGAAACUGUACUCGCCAGCGAGAUGGUUGGGCCAGUUACUAUCACCAUUGGGAACCUGGUGGUUAGUGUGCGUGGCUCAGUG